GAAACGCAGAGAUUAAAUUCGGAGCGAAACGAUUCGGAUAUUGGAUCUGUCCGAACGAACGAGCAGGCUUCUCAUUCUUCUGUGGCGGCGGCGAAAGAGGCUGACGGAUUUCAGAGGCCGUUGAAAAAAAAAUGGAGGCGGAGGAUAAGAAGAAGAAGAAGAGGAACAACAAGAAGAAGAAGAACCAAAAGGCCGCCGCCGACGAUGCUUCCGUCGCGGAGAACGGCCAGGUUUCAUCGUCCGCCGCCGCCGCUGCAGAUACUAUCUCCAACGGUGUUCAGGUUUCCGGCAACGGUCAAUUUCCAAAGCCCGCCGAUAAUGCUGAAACCAAUGGCACCGAACGUUCGUUAUUAGCUGAAUCUGAGAAUAAGGAUUGGCUUCAAAAAGAGGCUAAGCUAGAAGAAAUGAUCAAGCAAUUAGAAAAAGAAAAAGACUUGCAGAUGCAGAAGGAGGCUACGUUAGAGGGUACUAUUAAGGAAUUACAGAAACAAAGGGAUUCACUUAUACAGAAAGAGGCUACGUUAGAAGGUACUAUAAAACUAUUACAGGAUGAGAAAGAUGCACAUAUGCAGAAAGAGGUUACGUUAGAAGAUACUAUCAAACAAUUACAGGAGGAAACUGAUUCACAUAUUCAUCUAGAGAACAUCCUACAGAAGGAAAUUGUACAAUUACGGAGUGAAAAAGAUUCCUGGCUCAAAAAGGAGGUUGGGUUGGAGGAGAAAAUUAGGCGAUUAGUAGACAAAAAGUCCACUUUGGAUUCUGAAGAGGCAAGCUUACAGGAAAAGAUUAAACAUCUACAGAGUGAUAGAGAUAACUGGAAUCUAAAGGAGGAUUCAUUCAAAGAAAUGAUCGCAACUCAGACAGAUAACAUUGCUAAACUACGAGCACAGGUGUUGGAAUUGGAGCAAUCCAGGGAUAAUCUUGUACAAGAAAACCAACAGCUGAUGGGAAAUUUAUCUAGUCUAGAGUUGCAAAUUAAGGAUCGUGAGAGUGUUUCCUCUAGUCGCGCAUCAGUUGAAGGUGCAAAGCACGCUGCAGAACGUGAAGAGCUGAACUCUCAAAUUGAAGCAGCAUGUGCACUGGUUGAGAAAUUAAUUACAGAGAAUGCAGACCUUGUUGAAAAGAUGAACGAGUUAUAUGUUGAACUUGAGCGGCAUAGUGCAAAAGGUGGGCUUCCUUUAAGUACAGCAGUCUUACCUGGUGAAACUGCCAUUAUCAUCAAUCCCAUGCCCAGAUCCAGUGAGGAUAUGUCUACAUCAGGCCAGAAGCUUUAUUCCUCAGAAGUUGUUCCGCAUAAAGUGGAGACACCUAGUUACGGUAACAUGGAUUCUCAGCAGGCUGCUUUAUUGCAAAGUAAUGGUAAUUUGGAUAUUCAGCAUCCUGAAUUAGUUCCAAAUUCACCCAUAUCGUAUGAGUCCAGGGAAAGUGAAAUCAUGCAAAUUCCUUUGGACGCCUCUGAAGUCCAGGAUCUAGAGUUGCAGUCUGCUACAGAGGUUACAAACGAAGCUGUCUCAAUUACAGAUGCUCCCCUUAUUGGUGCACCUUUCCGGUUAGUGUCAUUUGUUGCUAGAUAUGUCAGUGGUGCUGACUUGAUUAGCAAAAGUUAGUAUUAACUCUAGCGUGUAGCUUUCAACAUGGGCAUAACCCAUAUUUUGUUGAAAGAAUGAAAUACUUCUUUCAGAGAUCAAGGCGGGCCUUUUAUACUGCCCCAUUACAUUGUUAAACUAUUGGAAAAUGUAAUAUUGAAGAAAC